AUGCCGAAGCCGACGCUUCUGCUGCGCGGGGGCUGGGAGCGCGAGCGCAACCCCGGGGACUCGGAGCUGGGCCGCCAGUUCCGGGACUGGUGCCUGCGCACCUACGGCGACUCGGCCAAAACCAAGACGGUGACACGCAGCAAAUACCAGAGGAUCGCUGAGGUCCUGCAGGGCGGCGGCGGGACUGGCUCGGGCAGCGGCCCCGCGGCCGGCGAGAAAGGCAAGUUCCAGUUCUGGGUGCGCUCCAAGGGCUUCCGCCUGGGCAGCGGCCGGGAACCCAAGAUGGGCCAAGUGGUGUAUGUGCCGGUCAAGACGGGCUCGGGGGCAGAUGGCCUGUCGGAGCCCGAGGGCAUCUCUCUGAAGCGGGUUGCUGUGGUGGAAGAUUUCUUUGACAUCAUCUACUCAAUGCAUGUGGAGAGCUCGGCGGAGCCAGGCAAAGCCCCCAAGCACGCUGGGCAGAAGAAAACCUACCGGGCGAUCGCAGAGACCUACGCCUUCCUCCCGAGAGAGGCUGUGACCCGCUUCCUGAUGAGCUGCACCGAGUGUCAGAAGAGGAUGCACUUUAAUUCCAAUGGCCUGGAACCCAAAGAAAAUGAGCCUCCAUCUCCUCUGGUCUCCGGGAUCAUUGAUUACAACAUGCCCCUCACCUCCACCUACUUGAAGCAGAUGAAGCUGCGAGUGAUGAAUUCCCAGGAGCAGGAUGAGACCUCUGUGAGCAGUGAAGACUUUGAUAUGAAUGACUCCACAUGGAUGUCCGCUGACCCACACCUGGCCUCCAGCCUGAGCCCCAGCCAGGACGAGAGGAUGCAGAGCCCGCAGAACCUCCACAACCAAGAGGAUGAUGAUUCCUCCUCCGAGAGUGGCAGUGGCCAUGGCUCCUCUACCCUAAACCCAUCCACAUCAAGCAGCACACAGGGCGACCCCGCCUUCCCUGAAUUGAACGGCAACGGCGCUGCGGCCCCCAUGGACUUCACUUCCACUGCUGAGGAUCAGCCCAUCAACCUGUGUGACAAGCUCCCACCAGGCACAGCACUGGGCACACCCUCCUACUCCUCCGAUGGCUGUGGCACUGAUGGGCUGCGGAGCCGUGUCAAAUAUGGGGUGAAGGCUACUCCUGAGUCACCCCCCUACAGCUCUGGGAGCUACGAUUCCAUCAAGACAGAGGUCAGUGGCUGCCCUGAGGAUUUGACGGUAGGCCGGGCGCCCACAGCAGAUGAUGAUGAUGAUGACCAUGAUGACCACGAGGACAAUGACAAGAUGAAUGACUCUGAGGGCAUGGACCCUGAGCGUCUCAAGGCCUUCAACAUGUUUGUGCGUCUCUUUGUGGAUGAGAACCUGGACCGCAUGGUGCCCAUUUCCAAGCAGCCCAAGGAGAAGAUCCAGGCCAUCAUCGAGUCUUGUAGCCGGCAGUUCCCUGAGUUCCAGGAGCGGGCCCGAAAGCGCAUCCGUACAUACCUCAAGUCCUGCCGACGUAUGAAGAAGAAUGGCAUGGAGAUGACCAGACCCACGCCUCCCCACCUAACCUCGGCCAUGGCAGAAAACAUCCUAGCAGCUGCCUGUGAGAGCGAGACAAGAAAAGCAGCCAAAAGGAUGCGCCUGGAGAUCUACCAGUCCUCGCAGGAUGAGCCCAUAGCCCUGGACAAGCAACACUCCCGGGACUCUGCAGCCAUCACCCACUCCACCUACACACUGCCAGCCUCCUCCUACUCCCAGGACCCUGUGUAUGUCAACGGCGGCCUCAACUACAGCUACCGUGGCUAUGGGGCUUUGAGCAGCAACCUGCAGCCCCCUACUUCCCUCCAGACAGGAAAUCACAGUAACGGGCCCACAGACCUCAGCAUGAAAGGCGGGUCCUCCACCACCUCUACCACGCCCACACCCACCCCCUCCAGCAACAGCACCAGCAGGACCAUGCCCACUGCCCAGCUCAGCCCCACUGAGAUCAGUGCUGUGCGGCAGCUCAUCGCUGGCUACCGGGAGUCAGCGGCCUUCCUGCUGCGCUCUGCAGAUGAACUGGAAAACCUCAUUUUACAGCAGAACUGACCCCUGGUACCAGGCGCAUUACCUUAGAAAAGGAGAGUGUCCCAGCCUGGACCCAGCUUCCUGCCUCACCAGUUGGUACAUUUUGUUUUCUGAAAAAGGUGGGAUCCAAAAGAGCUGUUUCUAGCCACACUCCAAGCACCUGAGACUUUGGGCACAAGGACACUUUUUUUUGGAAUCUCACCACACGCCACACGGGUGCUCUGACCUGCUUGGAAGAGGCCAAUGGGGCAGCUCUGGAAAGGUUGGGGCUCCCCUAACAAGGCGCUGGAGCUGCAGCUCUGUUUAGAAUCACCUUUCUGGACCCUGAUGUUAGAAUUCCACCCCCAGAUAAUUACCUUUCAAGUCUUAGGUGAGCAGAAUUGCAUAUUUAUUGAGAAAAACAAAGUGGACCCUUUCUUCCUCUCCCCUUAGUAAUUUAUUUUUCUGAAAAUGGAUUCUUUUGUGUUUGUACAGAUUGCCAGUCUGUGUCUGUCUGAUCAGAAGGAUGUAUCCCUGUACCUAACAUUCCAUAUCACUACACUGAUGCGGGCUGGGGACCGGUAGGGGCAGGGUGGGUGCCAGGCUGGCUGGCCAUCUGAGUGCCCUGCGCACCCUGGGGAAGGCCACCACCCCUUGGCCAGACUGUCCUGUUGCAGAUCCCAGUGCUGCCACAGGGACACUGCCAGUCACCAUCAAGCAGGAGGACCUCGUCCACACCCACUGCAAAGUAAAACAAAGGCAUUCCACCCAUUCUACAGAGCCCCAGUCACACGGUCACCUGUAUUCUACCUCACACUCGAGCGUGGGCUUUUUCCAGGAUGUGCUCUGAGCCUGUUCUGAACAGUUGUCUCCCCAAGUCCCCCACACAGUGUGUUUGCCUGGGAGGUAAGUCAGACUGGGUAUCCAGAAGCCAGAGCCCAGGAGAGGGUCCUGUUCCUCACCUUGUUGCUGGGGAGCCAGGUCUAAACACUUCUCUGCACAGGCUAGGACCUCAGACUCCUGCUGAGAAGAGCCUUCUGCAGGGUAAGCCCUGGCUGUCAGACAGCUAUGAGCCUCAGGUGGACUGCAGCUCCCACCCCUUGCCUCGUGGUUGGAAUAAAGGGAUCAUCAAUAAAGUGGAGAGACCACUUGGGUUCUCCUAGGACUGGCCUUUCUUCUAGAAGGUCCAGUUCUGGAAGAAACUCAGUGUCUUUGAGUGUGAAAAAGAGCAAAAAGAAAUAGUUGGCCUGGUUUCCUUCCUCCCUGAUAGGCACUUCCUCUUGCUCAGUGCAAUACCUACUAGUGCUGCUAAAACCAGGGAUUCACCCAGACCUCAGUAGGCCCAUGGGGCCUCUCCACACAACACUCUGUAGCCAUGACAGCAGCUCUCUAGAGCUGCUUGCCCCUGCCGAGAUCCGGCAGAAGCCCCGUUGCCUUUUGUCCUGCAUAGCAAAGAGGCCCCAGGGGAGCCAGGGCCAAAUGGACCCUAGGACAGCUGCAGAGAACCACUCGAUCCCAGAAUAAGCGCCCCUUCCCAGGACAGCUUUUCUGCAGCCAAUUGCUCAUUGCAGCCAUGGCCCUGCCUCCUGGCACUGUGGCAAACCACCCUUCAGGAGGGCUGGGCAGGCAGUGCUGGUAUGGGUACCCCACCCUCCUCAGAUGCUCCAGGAACUGUAAGGCAGGGUACCCCAUGCACACUUCCACCCCAGGGUCAGGGGUGGUCUCAAGUGGCCUGCGACACGAACCCAGCCACACCACCUCUGCCUUCCCUGUGACCAAUCCCCAGGCCUCUGGUCAGGGCAAGGAUACCUGAGACCCCCUCAGCACAGCACAAACUCCAGUGCCCAAGGCCUCUCCCCACCAGCCCUCCAUGUGUGCAGUCCCUACCUGCUCAGUACAACUCUGAACAUUUGAAUUUGUGUAAAUAUUUAUUUUUGUGUGUGAACAAUAAUACAAAGUAAUCAGUAGAUCUUUUGCAAAAUGUUACCCUAGGCAAUUUGUGAAAAUCUUAAUGUUAAAAACUGGCAGAGACAAUCGCCGCCCUAGAAUUCCUGGUAUCAAUUGCUUAAUGUGUCAUUUCUCCUCCCCAGAGGCAGUAUCUAAGCAAGACACAAAUGGUUUGCAUUUCUUGGCAGACUGGAGUGUAAGACUGGGAAGGGCCUCCUUCCUCUACCGCAAUAGGACCCGAACUAAAGAUCAGCAUAAGCAGCAGCUGGAAGCUGCAUGUUCUUGAGCGCAAGCUAUCUGACCACCUUCAGCCUGCCCCUCAAGGCUAUAGUAAGCAUAGAUUGUAUGCAUUUUAAAGAAAAAGAAAAUAAAUGCCAGUGGUGGUGGUCCAGGAGCCUCCAGGACAGUGGAUUCCAUCAUGGCGACCCCACUUAUGAGGUGGGUUCCUAUGGAGAAGCUAUACCUGAAGCCUCAGAGAUGGCUGAUUCAGGAGCAAUUAACUGCGUGGAAACAGGAUUCCAUUAUCUAGUUUUGUCAGGGAACUUGUUCUGUUUUUGCUUUUGUUUUUAAAGAUGCAGCUUCAAGCCCCCCGCCCCUCCACUCCACACUGGGAGAGCACCACAGCUGGUCUUGAUGGACCUUAGCUCAGAGCUGUCUCAUCCUCAGAAACUGUCCUGUACCAGAGGAGACUCCCAAAGCCUUGUCCCACAGCCACUUACAUCUUAUGGAGGGCCUCAGGUACAUCACUGGGAACCUUAAGUUAAAAAGGAAAUGGAAGAGUAGGGCAUAUCAGUCCUAGAGUCUUUACAGGGGGCCAAUCCCAACAAGAAGGGUAGAAUUGGAGAAGUGGGCACCUUUGUCUCUCUGGCAGGUCGUCUAACAGACUAGUAACAGUGUGUGUGACCCAUCUGACAAUUUUUCUGUCACCACUCAAAGAUGGACAGUUUAUUCCCAAGGAUGGGGGAGAGGGACAAACAGGGCUGGAAGGGUCUCAGAAGAUUUCCAACAGAUGGAACCCAUCUGUCCCUCCCUAUUCUCAAGGGCCACGUAUGACUCCAGGGGUGGUUAUAGGAUUAACUACCAGUUCAUUUUCAAAAUGCUGCUUUGAACUCAGAGGGUUGAUACUUUUAAUUUGUAAUUUUUUGUAAAACUUUUUACACAAUAGUAAAGUAUUUCACCAGAAUACCAGUUUCAAUCCGUCCGUGGUCUGAUUUUUAUAUAAUUUAGUGGUGCUUUAGAAACUUUGUUUUUGUUGUUUCUGAGCUCAACAGCUCAAUCCUUUUUCACCUGUAUCUACCUAAGACCAAUGUGAACCUUUGUAUUUUUGCUCCUGAUUUUGGACUCAGUGAAAGUGUACUGUUUACAUGUACAGAUGCCCCUAGUCCCCGUGUGUUCUGCAAGACUCACCCCUUGAGGAGGAAGAUGCACCUCACUAAACUCAUCUGUUUAGCAAAGCCACACACACACACACACACACACACAAAACCCUCUCUUUUUACCUGUUUCCACUUAAAACUAAACACAAAAACCUACACCACAUAGAACUCAGAUUUUCUGGAAAACACUUUCUGCCUGGUAAAUCACCCAUCCCAUCUGCCUUUAUCAUGUGUCUCUUAGGAGCAGGGAUCAGAAUAGACCUCCUGUAAGCCACAUGGACAGCUGCAAAGUGAAGGCUCCCAGCUCUGGGAUGAACAUAUUUUUCUGAGCAGCCUGGCAAUGGAAAGGUCAAGAUGAUGCCAUGGCCUUCAGGAUCAAGCCAACCAGGAUUUAGGGACAACCCAUGAGGUCACCAAUCUUCUGGCAUAAUUUUGGCAUAAUUUAGGAAGAAGAUAGUCCAUGUCUGAGACGAGAUUUUUAACUUUCAGUGCAGAUAGUAAAAGCAGGGUUCCUCUGGAAGCACUCAUUUGUGAGCCACCGCUUCUGGGAAUCCAGACUUAGUAUAUGGCACUUAUGGCAAGCAGUGAAUGGCACCAACUUUUAAAGGUGACUAUUAAUCAAUGGCUUCACCUCUAAAUUAUAUUUUUACAGAUAUGCACCUAUGCAACUUAAUGUGGCUCUUCUAAGCAGGUGAGGACUUCCUCCUCAAUGCUCUCUAUAAAAAGUAUUUGUGUUCUGGAUGGUGAGUUUUUCCAGUAAAUGUGGCUUAAUAUUUUAAUUCUUAGAAUGUGUCUUCUAUGUGAUGCAACUAAAUUCUGUUUUGUUUGUGGAAUGACUAGCACAGGCCGACUCCCUCUCCCUCACUUAACAGAAGACCAAUGAGCUGUUAAUCGAGCUGUUAUCUCCAUGGUAUUACUGCUAAAUGCACUGAUUUCAUAUGUAUGUGGAACCUUUUCCUUUUGAAUCUGUAUAUCAUAUAUAAGACUGAAUCUACUUAAUAAACAAUGAACAACAAACCGAA